CCGCAAAACGUAGGCUUCCGGGAUUUUGUACCCACCGUCCGCGCACAGUUUAUGCCAUACGUGUGUUAGUGAAUUGCUGUUGAUCUCGGCAUUCUCAGUAGCUGUAGCUGUUGUCUAAAAAUGAAUACUGUUCUGUCGAGAGCUAACUCUUUGUUCGCUUUCUCCCUGAGCGUCAUGGCGGCCUUGACGUUCGGCUGCUUUAUCACUACAGCUUUCAAAGACCGAAGAGUUCCUGUGGACAUCCACGUCUCCAAAGUCAUGCUGAAGAACGUUGAUGACUUUACUGGACCCAGAGAACGCAGUGAUCUUGGUUUUAUUACCUUUGACCUCUCUGCUGAUUUGCAGCCAAUUUUUGACUGGAAUGUUAAACAGCUGUUUCUCUAUCUGUCUGCUGAGUAUGCCACAAAGAGCAAUUCUCUGAACCAGGUGGUGCUGUGGGAUAAGAUUGUUCUUCGAGGCGAAAACACCAAACUGAACCUCCGAGACAUGAAGUCCAAAUACUUCUUCUUUGAUGAUGGGAAUGGACUCAGGGCCAAUAAGAAUAUCACUCUAACGCUGUCCUGGAAUGUUGUUCCCAACGCGGGAAUCCUGCCCCUGGUGGCUGGAAGUGGACAUGUCAGCCUACCUUUUCCGGAUGCAUACGAGACCACCAAGAGUUACUAGACAGACACACACAUCCAACUUGCUUCAACAAACUGUACACUCAGACUGAUAAAACAAGAUUAGCACAGACACGCACUAGUGUUGUAAAUGAGUUUUUUGUUUGUAAUAAAAGUUGAGACUGAAA